ACGGGCCGCUCGGCUGCCCGCUGUCGACUGCGGAUGCCGGAGGCCCCCGCGGCCGGCCAUUGCGCUCCCUGCCGUCGUUAGCGCUUGGUUCCCUCGGCGACCGCCAGCUCUGGUUUCUCUGGAUUCAGCAUAUCUUCAGAAGAGGAAACUGUAAAAUUGAUCGGUUCUGACUCUUAAAAACCAUGCCCUUUUGUUUGAUGACUUUCAGGGAUGUGGCCAUAGACUUUUCUCCGGAGGAAUGGGAAUACCUUGACCCUGCUCAGAGGGAAUUAUACAGAGAUGUGAUGUCGGAGAACUAUAACAACUUACUUUCACUGGCUGCAUGUUCAAUCCCUACAUCAGAUAUGUGUUUGUUAUUGAAGCAAGGCAAGGAUCCCAAGACGGUGGUGAUAGCCUUGACCAGAAGAGAAACUUCAGACUUGGAUUCCAGCUGUGAAAACAAGAAGUCAUCUCCAGAAAAGAGUGCUUGUAAAAUGGAACCACUCCAGUGGGAAAUAAUGGAAAAGCCUCUGUGCCGUAACCUUGAGUAUAGGCAUGCCGGAGACAUCACGGAGUACAAAGGACAAGUUGAGAGUCAGCAAAAAAAUCAGGGCACACUUUUCAGGCAUGUGAAAACCCGUGAAGAACAGACUAUUCCAAGUCAUUCCAUAUCCCCUACGCUUCAUCAGACAUUGCAUACAAAGGAAAAAAUGUACAAAUGUAAGGACUGUAAAAGAGCCUUCAGCUACCUCUCAUGCCUUAUUCAGCAUGAGAAAACUCAUAAUAGAGAAAAGCAUUCUGAAGUCAAGAAAUAUAGUCAGCAUCAAAGUACUCAAGCUUGUGAGAAACCAUAUGAGUGUAUGGAAUGUGGAAAGGCCUUUGGACGUAGUUCUAUUCUGAUUCAGCAUCAGAAAAUUCAUACUAAUGAAAAACCCUAUCAAUGUAAAGUAUGUGGCAAAGCCUUUAUUCGUGGUUCACAACUCACUGAACACCACAGAGUUCAUACAGGAGAGAAGCCUUAUGAAUGUAAGCAAUGUGGAAAAGCUUUCAGUUACAGUUCACAAUAUACUGUCCAUCAAAGAAUUCAUAAUGGUGACAAACCCCAUGAAUGUAAAGAAUGUGGGAAGGCUUUUCUUUUUAGCUCACACCUUACUUACCAUCAGAGAAUUCACAGUGGUGAGAAACCAUAUGAGUGUAAGGAAUGUGGGAAAGCCUUUAUUAUUGGUUCACAUCUUACUUAUCAUCAGAGAGUUCAUACUGGUGAAAAGCCUUACAGAUGUAAAGAAUGUGGGAAAGCUUUUUUAAGUUCUUCCCAACUUAAUGGGCAUGUGAGAAUUCAUACAGGUGAGAAACCUUAUGAAUGUAAAGAAUGUGGUAAGACCUUUAUUUGUGGCUCAAAGCUUACUUACCAUCUGAGAGUUCAUACAGGUGAGAAACCCUAUACAUGCAAAGAGUGUGGAAAAGCCUUUAUUUGUAAUGCUAACCUCACUCAGCAUCAGAGCACGCAUACUAAAGAAAAACCCUACAAAUGUAAAGAAUGUGGAAAAGCCUUUUAUUUCUGCAAACAGCUUGGUGAACACCUGAGAAUUCAUACAGGUGAGAAGCCUUUUAAAUGUAAGGAAUGUGGAAAGACCUUUUCCUGUGCAGCAUAUCUUACUCAGCAUCUGAAAAUUCAUGGUGAAAAGCAGUAUGAAUGUAAGGUAUGUGGAAAGACCUUUAUUUGUUUAGCACAGCUUAAUUGUCACCAGAGGAUUCAUACAGGUGAAAAACCCUACAAGUGUGAGGAAUGUGACAAGGCCUUUAUUUAUAGCUCACAACUUCGAGAACAUCAGAGAACUCAUAGAGGUGAAAAACCUUAUGUGUGUAAGCUGUGUGGGAGGGCCUUUAUUCGUGGUUCACAUCUUACAGUGCAUCUGAGAAUUCAUACUGGGGAGAAGCCUUAUGAAUGUAAGGAAUGUGGGAAGGCUUUUCCCCGUGGAUCAGAACUUACCACUCAUCGAAGAAUCCAUACUGGUGAGAAACCCUUUGCAUGUUUAAAAUGUGGUAAAGACUUUAUACGUCGUUCACAACUCACUCAACAUCUUAGGGUUCAUAACUAAAGCCACUGAAUGUGAUUUGCUCUAAGAAAGGCCUUACCUGUCUUCAGUUGCUCUGGUAGUAUAUUAGAGUACCCAUAUAGUGAUUGUAAUGAAUGUAGGAUAUCCUAUAGUUUGGCUCAGAAUUAACUCAUUUUUAGAAAGCCGGUACCUCUUGAGUGCUAACUGAAAGGUCAGCAGUUCAAAACUACCAGCUGCUCUUCAGAAGAAAGGUGUAACAGUCUACAGAUGCAUCCAUAAAGAUUUAUAGUGUUGGAAACCUAAUAGGCUGGUUCUCUACUUAUAAGGCAUUCAUUAUACCUUUAUCAAGUGACACAUUUGCAUAUUAACUUUUCAUAGACAAUAGCCCAAGAUAGUCAUUUCCAAAAUAAGUUCAAGAAAUAAUCAUUUUUGUCAUAAAAAUGGAGAGAAUUUUCUACCUCACAACUUGUGAGGCUGGCACAUAACCAAGUUUCAUUAUUGCCAUAACCAAAUUCACUUGUUGCUAGCUACCUUUGACUCAGUUCUGACCCAUAGCAACCCUAUGUACAACAGAACGAAACGGUCCCGUCCCGUCCCCACAGUUGUUCUUGUACUUGAGCCCAUCGUUGCAGCCACUGGGUCAUGCCAUCGCAUUGAGGGCCUGCCUUUUUUCACAACCCCUUUACUUUGCUAACCUUGAUGUCUUUUUCCAGGGAUGGGCCUCUCCUGACAACAUAGCCAAAAUAUGUAAGAUGAAGUCUCACC